AAACAACUGUUUGUAAAAUCAGCUGCGAACCUCAUUUCAUGCAUCUUCUUCAGCGCCGAUAUUGGCCCGAUUCGCUAUCGCGGCCGAUUUCUGGGGAACGACAAAACUUCUUGCAGUGUGACGCAAUCCGCGACCGAGGAUUUUGUCCUUCCGACAUCCAAAAUGAAGUCUCGGUGUUAUCUGGUAAACAAUUGGAGAUGAAAUCAGCCUUAAAUGUAGUGUUAAUACUGCAUUUCGUGCAUCGUCUUAAAUACUUUCUCCCCUUUAUAAAAACAAGACCACUCUUGUAUACUGCACUCCGUGCAUCAUCCUAUGCAAUUUCUCCCCUACCCCAAAGGACAACUCUUGUUGUGUUUAUUACAGUGAAGUCAAAGUCAAGAGUGUUGUUGAAUGUGCACUGAGUCCAGUUGGAGGUCACCAAAGAGGAUUAGCGUAGUUGCCGCUUAGCUUAGUUACCUAAAAUGAGGAUGAGGACGAGGGCGAGUGCAGGUGGACCAUCUGGAGUCCAGAUUCCGGAGCCCUGAGCAGCAGCUCUGAACGGAGUCCGCAAUGGAGCUGGACGUGCUGAUCUACACGGACGAGGUGCGGGCGGCCACCCCCGAGGACCCGCGCCAGUGGGAGGCGGAGACGGCGACCGCCGAGCCCAGACUCUUCGUGGCGCUCUACCCGUACAACCCGGCCGCCAUGUCGCCCAACCCGGACACGGCGGCCGAGGAGCUGCCCUUCGUGCCCGGGCAGAUCAUCAAGGUGUUUGGAGACAAGGACCCGGACGGCUUCUAUCACGGAGAAUCGGGCGGCCUGUCGGGUUUCGUGGCCAGCAACCUGGUGGCCGAAGUCCCCGUGGACGACCGAAACCUCAAACAAUUGCUCAUGCAGCAGGGAUUCAUUCCCGUUGACCAAUCAGGGAUAUCUUUGAGUCCCGACGUGAGCGACACGUCCAGCGUACCCGAAGACGUCAUCGUACGCCGCAUGGUGGCCUUGUUCGACUACGACCCCUGGGAAAGUUCGCCCAACGUCGACAGCGAAGCCGAACUGGGCUUUCGUUCGGGCGACAUCAUCUACGCGCUCGGCGACAUGGAUCCCGACGGGUUCUACUACGUAAGGCUCGUCAUUUACCCUUUUUUUUUUUUUAUUAUUUAUUUUUUUUAUUCGAUUUUUUUUUGGGGCGGGGGGCUGUCAAACUUUCUUUCUUUUCAGGGCGAUCUGCAAGGACGCCGAGGUUUGGUGCCGUCCAACUUUCUGGAGCCGCUACCGUGGGAUUAGCGGCUUUUUGCUCUUUUCAUUUUUUGUCACUGCUGUACAUACGUCAUGUAACGUGUAAUAUAAACAAAAUACCCGGUUGCAAAGGAUAAUGUAUGAGUCUUAAGGAUUUUUUGGGAGGUCCUUUUUCCAUAUUUAUACAUUUUCUAUUUUGGCCUCUUUUUAUACUUUGCAAUACAUUUUCUAAACGAUAUACUGAAUAAAAUAUAUUGUGAUUGUCUUUAAUACUGUAUAUACUGUACAUACAGUAUAUACCAACAUAGAAUUGCUGUGCUAAACUCAGGAUUAUUUACAGUAAAUAUUUCCAAAAAUUCACUUCAGAAUGCAAUAAAAAAAUGAAAGGAUAUAUGAAA